AUGCUCUUUGAGCUACCUCUCUCCAAUCCGAAAAAUAUUGCUAUGUACUUAGAUGUUCAAUUAACAAGUGAUGCCCUUAGUGGACCCAAAAGAAUCACAAUAAAUCCUCUACAAAAUUUCUCAUAUCUUGUCACUUAUUGUCCAGCUGCUACCGGCUAUAGAGAAGAAAGUAUUAUUUUUCAGCCUGAGGAUGCCUUAGAGUUUUGGUAUUUACUGAAAAUAACUACCAAAUUGCCAAAUCCAGUCGUGAUGCGAGAAAUAACGUGUGAGCUUGGAGAGAAAACCACUCAAAUCAUCUCCUUCAUUAACCCAACAUAUGAAACAUUAGAACUGGAGACAACAACAAACAGCAACCCUAUUAAUUUUUUUUUUGAUUGCAAAAACCCACCACCAUGGAAGGUGAAUCCUUACUCUACUACAGAGUUGGCUGUCUACUUCAAACCUACUGCAAUAGGGCGGCAGGAUCAACAAGCUAUAAUUAGCUUCCGUUGUGUUCAGUUUAAAGAGUGGAAAUAUGUGUUAUCUGGAAUUGGACUCUUCCCCCAGCCUCUCAGAAAAAUAAGAGUAUCUGCAGCACUCCAUAUGCCUUCAUCCCUCAUUAUAUCAUUAAAGAAUCCUACAAAGGAAGAUGUGAUAGUCAAUAUCAGUUUAACAAAUCAAGAGCCCCUAAAAGAACUCGUACUUGAUGAGUCCUGGGAUAGUUACCUUAUUGCACAUCUGGCUUUCAAGUUUGAUUUUCCAAGGAGAACAAAAGGAAUUGCAUUGCCCCCUAAAGGAAUGAUAGAAUUCCCUGUGGUUUUUGCCCCUAAAGAGAUGAAACUAUAUAAUACUUUCCUUGUUAUUCAGAUGUUAAGGGCAAAUGGAGAAAUGUGGCCUGUUGACAAUUUUUAUGAAUUGAAUGAAGAGACGAAACGAAUGGUGAAAAUAUGCUCUGGAGAAGUCAAAGCAAUACACUGGAUACAGCCAUUCGCUGGAUUUGCACAUAUGAUAUCUAAGACUGCUAAAGUCAUAACAUGCCAAGCAAAAAAGCAAGUAAAAGAGAAAGUGGAAGUCAUAUUGACUGGUGACUUUUUUGGACCAAAUCCUACGCCAGGAAUGGCAAAAUUCAUAGUGAUGAAAAAAAUGGAUAAAAAAAAUGAGUUUUAUAAAAAAAUCUCUGAAAAAAUUAGAAAAUUCGAGUAUGAAAUUGAAUAUGAAUCCAACAAAAUGAAGUCUAGCUUAAAAUCCUUCGUAACUAUAUAUUUGAAAAAAUUAAGUUGUAAAAUCAAGAAAAACCAGAUAAAACUUGUUUUCAUGCUGCUAUUUAAACCAAUGAAACCAGUGAGGUCUGAAGUUAUGCUGAAAAUAAAUAGCAUAAAGGAUGGGAUGUGGAAAUAUCCCUUAAUAUUACAUGCUACUGAACCCGAGGUGGAUGGAAUAAUUAACAUACCAGGAGCUGGUCUGUUUAAGAAAUCUAUUUCUCCUGUCAGGCUGAUAAAUUUGAAAAGAAACACAGAACCUUUCACGGCAUACUUCCUACCUGGCAGUGAUCCUGAGUUUUCUGUAAAUCCUGAAGUUGGAAAAGUCCCUCCUCUUACCUCUGAUGGAACCUUAGUUAAUGUGGGAUUUAUGCCCCAGAUGUACGGCAAGAAAUACAAAGCAAUGUUAGUAAUAGAGACAGUAGAGCUGUACUGGAAGUUUGAAAUAAAUGGAUUACCAGAAACUCCCUUAUCCCUAGAGAAUGUCCAAGCCAGAAUUGAUGCAUCUAAUGACAAAUUUGAAAACAGAUUAAUAAUAAGCACAAUGUUGUCAAAGAAAAAAAAGAUAUAG